GGAAGAAGCCCUGGUGGAGCCACCCCAACCGCUCCCCACUCCCCAGCAUGAUGACUCUGCAGAGAGUGGGCCAGAGAAGAGCUUUCCACUUCCAAAGAGUACCUCUGGAUCCCGAAGGUGGUCUGCAGUCUGGAAGCACUUCUACCUGUCACCUCUGGACAGCUCCAAGGCCGUGUGCAUUCACUGCAUGAGUGAGUUCAGCAGAGGGAAAAACGGGAAGGACCUGGGUACCAGCUGCCUCAUCCGGCACAUGUGGCGGGCACACCGUGCCAUCGUACUGCAGGAGAAGAGCCGGGGAGCAUCCAUGCCUCCCCCCUACUCCACGCCACCAACCCUGCUGCCUGCCCUCCUGCCUCCUGAGAGAGAUCCAAACUUGGUGUCCUCAUCACCAGGCAACGAGGUACAAGAGUCCCCCUCGGCGUCCUCCUCCCCUGACCAGCUGACUGAGCACCUGCAGGCAUGUCUGAAACCUGGAGAUUCGCCUUUGGAAGAUGCAUCAGUAUUGUCAUCCUCUGAUGAUGUGGGCGAGGCCUCGUUGGUGUCCUCCCCUGAGAAGCAACAGGGUGAUGGGUUAAGCCCUCACAUGGUUGGGUCUGGUGUUAUAUUCCAACAGAAUCAAAAGGUGAUGAAGAGACUGAAGUCGGAGGUCUGGCAUCACUUUUCCCUCGCCCCCAUGGACAGUCUGAAGGCGGUGUGCAGACACUGCAGCUGUGUCAUCAGUCGAGGAAAGAAGGGUGACGUGGGCACCAGCUGUUUGAUGAGACAUCUCUACAGGCGCCACCCAGAAGUUGUUGGGAACCAAAAGGGCUUCCUGGGGGCUAGUUUGGCAAACCCUCCAUACAACACCUUGGCAUCCACAGAAACUUCCUCCAAACUAACUGACCUUCCAGCAGUGGUUACCAAAAGCAGUCCAGUUCUAUUUCCCGUUCACAGCAAAAAGACCUCCAAGCUGUGGAAUCACUUUUCUGUCUGCUCUGCAGACCCCACUAAAGUCGUGUGCUUGCACUGUGGCCGGACGAUAAGCAGGGGCAAGAAGCCAACUAACCUGGGCACCAGCUGUCUUCUGAGGCAUUUACAAAGGUUCCACGGCAGCGUGCUGAAGACCGAUGUCCCCAAGACCAUGCUGCCCUCUCCUCCAGGCGUCAGCGUGCCCCUGAGCGCAGAAUUGUCAGGAGCUUCCUCCUUUGACGACACUGAUGAGAAGUUUUAUGAUUCUCAUCCAGUUGCCAAAAAGAUAACAAGUCUCAUAGCUGAAAUGAUUGCACUUGACCUUCAGCCAUAUUCUUUUGUUGAUAAUGUUGGCUUUAACAGGCUGCUCGAAUACUUGAAACCUCAGUACUCUUUGCCCUCCCCUUCCUACUUUUCCAGGACAGCUAUCCCCGGAAUGUACGAUAAUGUGAAACAAAUCAUUAUGUCACACCUUAAGGAAGCUGAGAGUGGUGUGGUCCACUUCACAUCUGGAAUAUGGAUGAGUAACCAGACCCGGGAGUACCUGACACUCACUGCUCACUGGGUCACCUUCGAGUCUUCGGUCCGACCUCACUGUGAGGAUCACCACUGCUCAGCACUGUUAGACGUGUCACAGAUUGACUGCGACUAUAGCGGCAACAGCAUUCAGAAGCAGCUGGAAUGUUGGUGGGAGGCAUGGGUGACAUCCACUGGCCUUCAGGUUGGCAUUACAGUGACUGACAAUCCCAGCAUAGGAAAGACGCUGAAUGAAGGGGAGCACUCCAGCGUGCAGUGCUUCAGUCACACGGUGAACCUCAUUGUCAACGAGGCCAUUAAGAGCCAGAGAAUGGUGCAGAAUUUACUCAGCAUUGCUCGGAAGCUAUGUGAGCGCGUGCUUCGCUCACAUGCAGCAAAAGAGAAACUGGCAGAGCUGCAGAAGGAGUAUGAAUUGCCGCCCCACCACCUUAUUCAGGACGUCCCGUCCAAAUGGAACACGUCGUUUCAUAUGCUCGAACGGCUCAUUGAGCAGAAGAGAGCAAUUAACGAGAUGUCCAUCGAGUGUAAUUUCAGAGAACUGAUCAGUUGCGACCAGUGGGAGGUCAUGAAGUCUGUGUGUCAUGCACUGAAGCCCUUUGAUGCUGCGAGUCGGGAGAUGAGCAGCCACAUGUCUACCCUCAGCCAGGUCAUCCCCAUGAUCCACAUUCUGAACAGAAAAAUCGAGAUGCUGUUUGAGGAGACCAUGGGCAUCGACACCAUGCUGAAGUCUCUGAAGGAAGCCAUGGUGAGCCGACUGUCCGCCACCCUCCACGACCCCAGGUACAUCUUUGCUACACUGUUGGACCCUCGUUACAAAGCCUCCCUGUUCUCCGAGGAGGAGGCGGAGCAGUACAAGCAGGAUUUAAUCAGGGAACUAGAAAUGCUGAAUUCUACCUCAGAGGACAUACCUGUCUCCAAUGGGUGUCCUCCAGGCUCCCCAUCGAGAGACUCCAGUGGGGACGAGAGCCUGUGGUCACUCAUGGCCAAGAUAAAAAAGAAAGGCCCAAGAGAAAAGAUGAAGGUUCCUGAGGCCAUGGUGCUUUCUUACCUGGAGGAGGAGGUGCUUGAACACAGCUGUGACCCACUUACCUACUGGAACCUAAAGAAGUCUGCCUGGCCAGGACUCUCAGCCUUGGCCGUCAGGUUUUUGGGUUGUCCCCCGAGUAUUGUCCCUUCGGAAAGGCUGUUCAGCACACCCACUGAGAACGGUAGCUUUGGCCAGUCCAGGCUCAUGAUGGAACAUUUUGAAAAACUUAUCUUUUUGAAAGUGAAUCUUCCAUUAAUAUAUUUUCAGUAUUGAAAUCACAAUGGAGCCACCAGGCUAAAGAUGUUGUUGCUCAUUAGGCACCAGCUGUUUGUCACAGGCUGUUGUUUGGCACCAGUUGGUGCCAAGGGGGACAUCAGACCGGGCACUCUCAGGUCCACACUGAGUUUCUCUUGAAGUCUCACCAUAAUGUCUAUAUGUGCCUUACUCCUAGUCCUUCAAGCCAGGUACCACGGUGUGUUUUUUACAAAGCCACUGGAAAUAGCCUGUCUUGUUAAUUAUGAAACAGGAUGAUUAGGUUUUAACCCAUAACUAUAAAGUUUUCUAAAAACUGGGAGUUGACCUUUUUCUUCUGGGAACUCUCCCAUGCCUUUCCCUUCUUCCUCCUCAUCCCUCUCAGGCGUGCAUCUCCUAAACCCUAAGGGACCCCCUGAGGCUUUUAGAUAGGAGAGUGGUGGGCAGCAGCAGCGAAUCCAGGUUGGCACCUGAUCCUGUCUCCAAGGCCACCCUGUUUCUCUGACUUCCCAGUGCUGCAGUAGCCCCCGCCUAGUCUCUUUCUGUUGCUCCUUCUCUUCAAAUCCUUCCAUGUUUCACUGUUCCCAGCUUUAAGAAACUAUUAAAAUAAAAAGCGGGGGUUAGUAAUUCAUUUUACCAGAAGACAGGGUAGAUUUAAACACUUUUAUUCUGUAGCCUUUAUAUUUAAUUAUGUAAGAACAAAUCAGGUACUGUAUUUUAGUUAAAAAUUGCUUUAGUUGCAUCAAAACAGCUCUUGUGGCUGUCAAAUAAAAUCUGGAAAUAGGUGGAGUAGAAGCCAUCCUGACUGAGUGGUUUUUACCUGUAGCGCUAUACGUAUGUGAGGAGUGCAGAGAAUAUUCUGGAAGGUACUGUUCGCUACCACAGAGAUGUGGCAUUUGAAGACAAAGCUGAACAAAAGUAUCAUGGAAUGUCAGUUACAUGGUGGUUGGUAAGGAGAACGUCCCCAUGUUCUGGUUUUGUGCUGAGGUUACACAUGGUGUUAACUCGGGGACAUCCAGAUUAUUUAUAACGUGCUCCUUGCUGCCUGUUGUCCUGCCAGUGGACCACAUGACAUGUUUAUAGCAGUUCUGGUGAUUGAACCUCCAAGCCUCUGACUUAGUGUCUCUACACUUUGAAGCUGUCUUUUGAAAUGUAUGUAGUGCCCCCCAAUUUGAUCAAAAUACGUGUAAAAUUAUUUGUAGAAGAGGUGGUUUAUUAACAGGGAAGAAUGUUAUGUUACAGUUGUAAGAAUAGCCUUAGGUGUUUAGCUUUUCCGUAUAAUACGGAAGACUCGGCCAUCACGGGUAUUUUAGAAUCCCAGGGACAUCAGAAUGAAGUGUCAGUUGUCAGAUUCUUUUAAUAUGUCUUCAGAAUUUUUCAACAUAAAGAAAAGGGUUCAUUUUCUUAUUUCACACCAAAUAAAUAUUCUGGGUGAAAUAAAUCAUUCAUUGCCUGUGCCAUUUUAGAAAAGUUGUUUCCUCAAAAUACUGUACCUGUUAUUAAUCUCACUUUGCACUGACUAUGUUUUGGUAUAUUUAUAAAUGGGGAACUCAGUUUCUGAAACUAAACUUAUUUGCCAUUUUCUACUGGAAAUUUGAGCACGCUGGCUUUUUCUUAGGAUGAUAAAGGUUAGGAUGCCAUGGUUGUGAAUUUGAUCUCCAUAAGGGCACAUUCAGGAAGCAAACAGUGAAUGAAUAAAUAAGUGGAACAAAUCAA